UAAAACUGUCUGAGAAACAUCUGCAAAGGCAGCCGAAAAUCCGAGCAGAGACAACACCGAGCGAUGAAGACUCAACUGCGAGUCCUGUGCGUCCUGUGAACCUCUUCGGAACCAUUUGCAAGAUUUACAUUAAAGACAAACGACUGUUAGCCACAAUCGAAAGAAGAAGCCAACGCGCCUUAAUUAUGCACAAAUACCUGAGUUCCUUUGAUAGUUUCGAUGAGCCGCCAGAUGAUAUAGAAUAUGAAGCACAUGCGAGUCUGUUCGAUGAACUCAAUUCAGCAGCCAAUCAGCCCAUUAGCUUAGAUAUAAAUAUUGAUGAUGUGAAAGAGCCAGAAAGCCAUUUAGACAUAGAUAAUAAGAAAAAAUGUAUUGCUGAGUUAGAUGAUAACUUUCGACUAGCUGUAGAUGAUUUCAGUCAUGACCAGAUCGAAGAGCCAGAUUAUCAUUUAGACGUAAAUAAUCCCAGCAAUAUGAUAGAGAUUCUUCCAGAUUUUGAUGUAGCUUCAGAUAUUGCCAGCCAAACAUCAUUAGAUACUAUUGAUAAUAAUGAUGAGAACUAUUUCAUUGUUGUUAGCCUAAGAGAGAUUGGCUUUAACUUUAUUAACCACAUUCUAUUCUCAGAUCAAUUGAGCUCCGGCUCUCGGUCAGAGCACAGCAAUGAGAGCUCGCCGUCCACCUCUCAUGAGACUUUUAAUGGCGACGCCGAGCUAUUGGCUCCCAAUAAUGAUAGUUGUCCCGAUGAAAUAUUGGAUGAGGCAGUCUCUAGUACAACAGCAACAUAUACUAACCAAAAUACUAAAACACAAAAUACUAACAAAAAUACCAAAACACGUUCAAAUGGUAAACUAACAAAUGGUUCACUGAGAUGGUCAAGUCAAAGCAAAACAAAUCAACUAAAUGCCGAUGAUCAUAAUAAUAAUGAAGUUGUUAUCGAUGAUGGUGUUGACGAUGAUGAUGUUAAUAAUAAUAAUGAUGAUGAUGUUGUAAUGUUGCGGCGCUUUGCCCCAGGCUCCAUCGCGGAACGUGAGGUAAAGAAAUGGUAUAAUGCCGUUGAGAUGCCCAACAAUCCGUAUGCGCCGGAGGCUUUGAAGCAACGCAUUAGCGGUACACAGGAACGCUUGAUGGAUGUGCCCAAUAUCAGUCCCAGUGCCGAGAAGAAGGCUCUGGCACUGAUGACAAAUGCGGCAUCCAACACGGACCAGGAACCAGCCAAGGAGGAUUACAAGCGAUACAGUCGUGAUUACUAUAUAAACAAUGCUCCAUUGGCGACCACGCCCACUCGUGGCACCUCCUUGGCAUGCAGCAGCAGCAGCAACAGGAGCACGGAGCCCACGGAUGAGGACAUUGUCAUCAAUGAGGCUCACAAAACAAGCCAAAAGGCCGUCGAGCAGCCACAGGAGCAACUGCAGCAGAAACAGGAGGAUACACUCCCCGAUAUGUCUGGUGACAACAAAAGUAUCUAUACAGCUGUGCCCGCCCAGGUGCUGGAGGCGGGCAGCCUGGAUAGCCAAUCGAAUCAGUCAGUGCUGACGACUAGCGAUGAUUCGGAUACCGUGCGUGUUUACGAUUUCAAUAAGCAGGAGACGACAGUCAUUAAGACGAGCACGUCCACAACUACGUCAUCUAUGGAGUCGGCACUGGGCGGAGCAGCCACUACCAACACCUCCUCCUCCUCCGCCGCCGCCGACGUCGACGACAGCAACAGCAACGGCAACAGCAAUAGCAACUCCAUAGAUGCAUCACGGAAACGUGAACGGCCCGUAGUGCUGCAAUUUGGGCCUGCGGACAGCACGCCCAAUGUCUGCUCCUCGCCCACGGUGACACCGACGCGGGGCUCCACGCCGCCAGCUUUUCGUUUUCUGCAGCCGAAGCGACGGCUAAUUGAGCCAAGUCAAGUGCUGUCCAUAGACGAUGAUGAAAUGCCCGAGGUAAAAGCUGCGCCCUCAGAGAAACCCGCUGUUGAGGAUGAUGUGGUGCAUGCCUUGCCCUCGGUCAAGGCUCUGGCGCAAGCCUUCCUGCUCACCAGCAAACGCACGCAGCCCGAGAGACGUUGGCGCGCCAAGACAUUGCAGCAUCAGGCCAGGCUAAUGAAAUCAGCACCUGAUACGCCCGUUACACCUGAGAAGCCCGGCACGCCGCAGUCGCGCAGGCAAAUGCUGCAGCACGCCGUCUCCAUGGCCGAGGUGGCCGAUGAAUCCACCAUAGCCUCCGAUUUAUCCUCCCUGGAAACCGAUCCUUCAAUGCACUCGGAUGGGCUACCGUCAGCCAUACCCAUUGCAUCGCCAGCGAGUCCUGUGCCCGUCCGUCGAGGAUUCCUUCGCAGCAAUAUUGCUUUCUUUGAGAACUUAAAGUUUAAGUGAAUAUUGAAUUGAAUUGAAUUUACGCUGUACAAACGCCAUUGGAUGAUAUUCCGCCGUGAGUCAAGGAAUAUGCACAAUAAUGGCGCACAGCAUCCCGCAUACCAAAACGAACACCAAAUAUCGAUAACCAUGUGCCAUGGCCACAGAGGAGAAUAUUAUAUCAAGUAUUCAAGACAGUACUUAGAACUAUAUUUUACGCCCAGUGUGCGCGAAUAGUUUGAUUUUAAUUUGUAUUUAUUAUAGCUAAACAUAAUUACUUAUUAUAUCCAUGGAUACUAUUAAUAAAAAUAUUUAAUAUAUAUGUAUUUGCUUUAAGCUACUCAAAAGCCCCAUUUAAAAUGACCCCUAUAUCGAUAUCGAUCGACCCAAUAUAUUUAACUGUUAUACAUAGAGUGUCGUGUACCAAUAAACUGUUAUACAUACUAGUGUUAUGUACCAAUAAAGAAA